AUGAAUUCUAACAUCUACUUCAGCAAGUUUCUAGUUACAAAUCAGGUUUUUUAUAAGUCUAAGCACUCGUUCGCGCUUGUAAACCUAAAACCUUUAGUUCCUGGUCAUGUCCUGGUCGUGCCACUAAGAAGAAGUGUUAUAAGCUUGUCAGAUCUGACUGCAGAUGAGAACGACGAUUUUUUCAGAACUGUGCAAUUGAUUCAUCGGUUUAUCAAGUUCCAAUUCAAAGCUGAUUCCCUCAAUAUUGCCAUCCAAGAUGGACCCGAGGCUGGUCAAACAGUACCGCACUUGCAUACGCAUAUCAUUCCGCGGUACCGUACUAAUAACGUUGGAGACAAAAUCUACGAGAUGAUUGACGAAUGGACUUUUGACACUUGGAAUGAGCGGAGGGAAGAGUAUCUGAACUCCGGAGGUCGUGAGGGUAGGAAAGAAUUUGCCAAACCAGAUGACCAAAGAACAGAAACCACUGAGGCACAAAUGGCUUCCGAAGCUCAGAAAUUGGCCGAAAGCCUUUCCAAGUAUCUAGCCCAAAGUGACCAGCAAAUGCGUUGA